AAGCGGAAAUGGGAGGACGAACGAGCGCAAAAGGAUCGGGACUUCAAAAUCAUUGAAACCUCCUCGGUCUCGCGUGAAGAAAUAGUUCGCAAAGAUUCGGAAAUUUCACUGCUACGAGCCACCCUAGAACGAGAACGAAAGGCGCGAGAGGACGACAAGAUUGCUUGGCAAGAUGAAAAGCUAGAAGACAUGGCGAGAUUACAACAAGAGAUGGAAGAUGCUCGUGGGGAUGGCUCAAAGGGUGCAGAUGCUGAACUUGAUAUGGUUGCAGAUCAACUCCAAGCAAUCAUAAAAGCCCACAACAUCACCCUCUCCCCUUCACAACGGCGAGACAUGUCGAUCUCAUCCCUCACUACUGCCAUCAGUGAUCACUUGGAUUUAUCAAAAGGUGGCUCAACCGAGUGGGAGUCGGCUAGAAGAGCUUUAGAGCGGGACUUAAAGGCCAGUCUUGACCGCCGUGACAAGCUUUCACAAGAGGUGGAGGAUGCCCGAAAGGAGCGAGAAGCAGCCAGAAAGGAAAUAAGAUCACUAGAAGAACGAAUUAGGGAGCUCGAACUGUCAGAACGGCCGUAUCCGAUGAAGAGCAACUCGCUGAACAGUGACCCUGGCAGUUCGAACGGCAGCCGUAAUUCCGAAGAUAUGGAUCGCGUCAUGAGCGUUUUGAGGACCCUUUGGAGCCUGCUGCCAUCGCGCGAGGCUCGGGCUGCCAGAUCUAUCGCCCGCUCGGGGUCGCCCAGCUCCCCGUUACGCACCACUGGCGCCCGAUUCGGAGAGCCGCCAUCUCCGUCCCUUGCUGAUCUGGAUGUUCGUGCUCUCAAGGCGUUGUAUGAUCCUCGCAACAACAAUGCUUCAUCCCCCCUCUUCAACAGCUCCAAUAACCCCGCCGAUUUCACUAUCGAUGCGUUUGCUCAAAAAGUGCAGGCCCUCGUUGCUGAUGACAGGGCUAUCAUUGAGCGACUACUACGAUUCGCCCAGUCGCAUGACUUGCUCAAGAAUAAUGCCGAGCGAGCGCAAAAGUUGGCGCAAGAAAGCUCGUUGGGCUUGGAGACGUAUCAAAAGCAAAUAAAGCUGCUAGAAGAUCGAAACGCUAGCAUCAUGACAAAGCAAACAGACCUGCUUGAUGAAAUCAACGCUCUACAAACUAAUAUGGAGCGAGCUCAACGAGAGAAACGACAGCUCGAGAUGAAGGCUACAGAACAAGCUAUUAAUCUUCAGAAUCUAACGGACGCUAAUAGUGCCCUGAGUGCAAGAGCACUUGCUCUCGCAGAGGAAGUCAGCACGGCUCCCGAGACUAUACGAAUAAAGUUGGAAGCGCAACUUUCCGAAACUCGACGGCAACUAAAGGAGUCUAUGGACGAACUUGAUGCCAUACGAAGCUCAGAGCAGAGUCAAAAAGCGGCUCUGCUAGAAGAGCUUAAUGUCGUACAAGGCGAGAAUAGCAAGCUACGAGACCAGCUCAGGGCUGAACAAAGAAAGAACGGCGGUAGAUAA